UUACUCCGGUCCGCGCCACUCGCCGGAGUCCUCUCUCCUUACUUACUGCGCCUGUGUCAGCAGCGUUAGUACUUACCCACCCACAGCUCCACCUCCACGCGAUCAAUUAUCAUGAGCGCCAGCACCUUCGCGCCCCCAGCCACUUCAACAUGGUCGACGGUCCGCCCCUCGGCCAAGCGGAGCUGGCACGCCACCAUCGACCUCAGCGCCCGACGCUCCGUGCUCCUCCACAUUCUGAUGCUGCUGAAGGCCAAGUACGGCAAAGUGGACGCCAAGAUCUCGUACAUCGGCCGCCGCGCCGAGCUGGCACUGUACAGCCAGGCCUUCUCGGCCUGGGAGUACCGCAACCCGCAGACGCUCAGUCGACGUCUCCACUCGCUGGUGGUCAAGCUCCACCUCAACAACCUCGCGGUGAUGGAAGAGGCGGCGUUUGCCAUGGAGCAAGCGCAGAUUUGUCAAGUUGCGGCGUCGCGCAAGCGCAAGUGCAGUGCGAUCAACGAGUCGGGCGCCGGCAAGCGCGCUCGCUUCGAGUCCGUAGAGACGGCGGCGGUGGCUAAUGCUACCAGUCCGUUGUUCUUCGACGGUAACCGGGACUUGUUGCAGCACGUGUGCUCGUUCCUGGCGGCUCCGGAUGUGCUGCACUGCGCGGCUACGUGCUCGCAGGCUGCGACUCAACUGCCGGCAUUAGUCACGUCCAUUGAAGUGACGACGGUGGCGCUGUCCGAGCUGGCGCCUACCGUCCGUGCGUCGUUCUUCGGCCGUUUCCCCAACCUUGAGAGCUUCGAGUUGACCGGCCGGAUGCAAGCGCAGCAGUUCAACUUCCAAGAUGAGAAGACGUUGGUGGCACGCAACGUGCUGGUUCGUAGUGUGCUGCACGCCCUGAGCAACGUCCAUAUGCCCAAGCUGGAGGUGUUUUCGCUCAACUUCUGCUACUCGGAAGGACUGAAGGACCACGUCACGGGCCAAGUGGCCAACGUGCUGGCUGGCCCCUCUAGCAGGUUCCCGAGACUGCACACUUUGUCGCUCGUGGGCAACUGCAUCUCGGACGACGGUGUCAUGGACCUCUACGAUGCCGUCGCCCUUCCGCGUGAUCCUACUGCCGGCGCGUCCAACCUGGCCCUGCUGGAUCUGUCCCAGAACUUUAUCGGCGAACGGGGCCACUUGCAGCUGCAGGAGCUCGUGACGCAGUUUGCUAGUCGCGACUCCGCACUGGUUGUCAACGUCAUGAACAACCUGUUGACGGUUGGGGUUUGA